AUGCCCGAGCCCUUCGGAGGUGCCCGAUGGCCCUUUAUCGGCUAUGAUCCAUCGCUGAUUCGCUCAUCCAUUGUUCGCCUUCAUUCAGAAUUUUAUGUUCAUGUGAACCGUGGUUCAUGUCAACCCGCGCAAUAUGGCGAUAACCGUCUGGGAUCUUCAACAGGGGUAAAGUGUCAUCCCCAGAGGACCCCUCAUUUGGCCUGCCAGGGUGAAUGUGAGGGUAUUCGCCAGGAUCUUGAGGCCGCAAAUCCUGCAUCUGUUGGGACAGCGCUGACUGGUCCGCCCGCAGGGCCGAUUAGCCAUGCAUUUACUAUCGAGUAA